GCGAUCAUCUGUUGGUGGGGGGAGACGAGGGCAAGGUGGCAUGGAUCGACAUGGACCUCUCCACGCGCCCCUACCGCGUCUUGAGGAGUCACGGAGGCAUGGACGUGCGGUCAGUGGCAUUCCACCCCACGUACCCGCUGUUCGCCAGUGCAGCGGAGGACGGGUCAGCCUUUGCCUUCCACGGGAUGGUCUUUGCCGACCUGCUGCAGAACCCCCUCAUCGUGCCCCUCAAGAUCCUCCGCGCGCCGCCCCCUCCGCAACAAGCCACCUCUUCCUCGUCCUCCUCCAAGAGUCUGUACGCGUGUGCCUUCCACCCCUCCCAGCCAUGGCUCUUCACUGCAGGCGCUGACUGCUCAGUCACCCUCUUCACACACUGA